ACUUUAUCUGUGGUAAUUGAUGACUGUGAAGGAUGAAAGACGGCAUUUGUAGGCAUAAGCAUAAGUGUGGGUAACGUUGUUCGUAGAUUCAGGGAUGGGUGUUAAUAUUAGGCUGUAGGUCAUUCAUUGCGAAGUCUGAAGAAGCUGUGAGAGAGAAAACACAUGUAAGUGGCGUGGAGUAACACAUUAAUGCGUAGUAGAAGUCUGAGCAUUUUGUCCAUGUUACCCAAGACAAGAAAGUAUGUUUAUCCACAAUGUUGGAUUUAAUUGCGAACCUUUCCAAGGAUAUAUAAUCAUUUUUGUUGUUGCUGCCAGUGUUCUGUAUUGAAGACUCAGUGUACUAAUCAAGAAGUACGUGAGCGAUAUUCUAGCGUCUAGGUGUAAUGCAACAAAGUAACAUGGAAUUUGAAUCAACAAGAAGUCUACAGGCUUUCAAGGAUAUUUUGGUGGAUCGAUAUGGCAGCAGUGACUUUAUGUGGAUGUCCCAGGAUUGGCAGCCUCGUGUAGCCUAUUUGCAUACAGUCAAGACAAACCCACAGAAAAUAAAGCAAGAUGUUCUGAAAAGUCCUAGGGUACUGCACGUCAUUGAGGAGGCAAGCAAGGAACAGAAUGUACCAAAAGAGGAGCUGUACAAGACUGUACAGAGAAUACUGGAUGAGAUAGGAUAUGACCGUCAGCUGCCAGUGAUCCGAUGGUUAGGGCUGCUUCUUCUCAAAGUUCUGAAGAGAACUUGCUGCAGCUUAUGUGUAAAUGAGGGCAGUGUUAAUAGGGUGUUGUCGGUGAUGGGUGACAACCCAGUAAUAUUUGCUCCUAGUCACCGCAGCUAUGGAGACUUCGUACUAAUGUCCUAUCUCUGUUUCCAUUACAAGAUUGAAAUCCCAGCCAUUGCAGCUGGCAUGGAUUUUCAUUCCAUGUGGCUGAUGGGGCGCUUGCUUCGAGAUAGCUGCGCCUUCUUCAUGAGGCGUUCCUUUGGCAGCGAUAAGCUAUAUUGGACUGCGUUCAGCGAAUAUGUUCAAAAGCUGGUUGUUGACGGAGAGGCGGCUAUUGAGUUCUUCAUCGAGGGUACCAGAAGUCGAACUGCAAAGUCCCUCAUGCCUAAGUUUGGGUUCCUAUCUAUGACUUUGAUGCCAUUCUUGACGGGCCGUGUGCCUGACAUAACCAUUGUUCCUAUCAACAUUAGUUAUGAUCGCACCCUGGAAGAGGUUUUGUUUGCGUACGAGCUACUAGGGGUACCCAAACCAAAGGAAUCCACUUCUGGAUUGAUAAAAGCCUUGAAUAUGCUGAAUGAAAGAUAUGGGAAAGUGUACAUGGACUUUGCAGAACCGAUAUCAGUGAGAGAGCUCAGUCGGUUCGCCGGGUUUCAACGCUCUCUCCCCACUCCAGAAUGUCCGCACAUUCAGCGCGCUCUGUCAGUUGAUGAAGCAGCAUUCUGUGUGGAGGUCGCUCAUCAUGUGGUACAGCAGCAACAGCGCCAUUCAGUGAUCAGUGCUUUCAACUUGAUAUCCAUCGUCCUCAACAACUCUGUACUGGAGGGCGCUGGCCCACCUCUUUUAAAUGAAGUGGUGGCUGACGUUUCAUGGCUGAAGUCAGUUAUGGAGGUGUUGGGAGCUCUGAUUGGCGUACAAGGUGUUCCUUCAGGCGUGGAGUCGGCAGUGAAGGAAGCCAUUGUUGUUCACAAAUCUCUAGUUACGCUCACACCAACUAACCAUCUGAAGCUGAUUAAAGUGCAUACUUUUGCUCACAGGGUGGAUCCAAAAAAACUGAAAGGACACUGUCUCUCCGAGCAGACAAUGGAUGUUGCAAUACCCAUGGUAAUGUUACAGCAUUAUUUGAAUCCAUGCCUUCACUACCUGAUUGGCCCAGCUAUGGUCACACUCAUUAUGCUGCGUCUCGAUGAUGCAGUGGACGUCCCAAGAGAUCAACUCUUCCAGAAGUUCAGUUUUCUGAGAUCGCUUUUUGCCUAUGAAUUUGCCUUCUAUGCAGCGUGGGCAGAGAAGGAGUUUGAUGAUGCAGUAAAGCAGUUGGAAGUGCUGAGUGUCGUGGAGCCGACCAAGCCUGACCGAUUGAAAAUGGGCAACCACAGGAAACUGCAGAUUCUGCUCUCAAACCUCCUGCAGCCAUUUCUGGAGGCCUACCUGUCUGUGUGUCACGUACUUCAACAGACAGCGCCAAACCCACGGUCUGAGAGUUACCUGCUGAAGUCUACCCAGCAGAGAGUGGAGGAGCUGUUGACGUCUGGCGUUGUCUCUCAUCCGUACUCCUUAUCCCUCGAUAUGCAUUCUGCUGCAUUACAGGCGCUGACAUCCAUUCAGGCAGUGAAGAGGCUGAAGAGAAAUGGUGUUGUUGAGUACCAGGCGCAAACAAGAAAACUGCUUGAAGUGACUCAGGAACUGGAAAAUGUAAUGUUGCAAUCUGAAGAGAAGUUCCACCUGAGUGACCCAGGUUCGAAAGACUUUCUUAUUCACGAGAGCCAGCAGGCUAAGCUUUAGCGACAGUCGUUGUAUUGCUUUCCUCGUCUUGCAUGUGUUGUUUAUUCAGUGUGAAUACCGUUGUUUUUGUGUAGCUGCGUAUACAUCAGCGAUGCCUUCUUUGUCAGUGUGAUUACAGUCGUGAUAAUCUUAAAACAGAAUUGUGGUUCGUAACUUGCGUUAGAGAUUGUCGCUAGUCGGGGGACUUAGAGACCCGGUUUUUGAACAGUAGUUGCCAGGACCUUAGAUGGGCUCAUGAAUCGUUGAGAUGUUGCGUGUUGUUCGGCGUUACUGGCACACGAACGACUGGAAAAUUGGAAUGCUUUAGAAAUUGCCUUGACAGCUUCAAACCACCACUGACAUCAUCUUUUAUUAGUGCUAAGUGUUUCAGUGUCACAAUAAAGUAUUGCAACUCAGGUACUAA